CGCUUUAUCAUCGACUUUCCAACCUCUCGCAUUAGCUGGAACAAGAAGUCGGGACUCCAGCGAACUCUGGAGCACUCGAACAAUUUAUCCGACCAAGAGAUCGAAGCAAACAGAGACAAGCCGGUGACCGGAACGGUCUUGCUGCAGCCCAUGCUGUCACGCGUAUCUUCCCAUCUGAUGACUCCAACUUCAAAUGUUGGGUCUUCUAGCCCCUUCAAUGUGAAGGGCAAAGGGACCGAGGCAUCAGCUGCUCAACCUCCUGGGACCAACCCUAGGGAUAACGGCAAAACGACUGAGAAACUUCAAACUAUGCUGGUGAAAUAUAUGGAGGAGAAAGAUCAACUGAAAGACCAGAAGUUUGCGAUUGCAACGGGGCAGGAUGGAAUGGAUGACCUGGACAUGGAUAUGGUAGAAGAAAAGAUUGAACUUGUGACUAAACGUAUCCGCGAGAUCAAGACCCUAUUAACAGUUCGGGCUCAAAUACCAUCCUCUUCCACACCUCCAGCUCCCUCUCGCCAGUCGUCUUUUCAGCCCCCAGAAACACGGCAAUCUCCCUUCCAAAUGGCCGAUGCCAAGCCUACGUCAUUGGCUGUUAAGGAUUAUCCUACUCCCACCGCUGCCAGUUCAUCUAAAGCCAAGCACACAACCCUGGACAAUUGGAAUGCCAGUCGGUCGAAUGGAGUACCGAGUGAUGAUUCUGAUAUGCCUGUGACUAGUGGCUCUUUACAACUUAAUCGGGAAUAUCCAUCUCCUGCUGUUGCUGGACCAUCGCGGCCCACAUGUAGGCGACCUAGUCCGCCGCAAGAUGUUCCACAGGAUCUUCACGACUUUGAUAUAGCCAUGGCUGAAGAAGAUUUUCACGAUCUCGAAGAAGAGCCCGUUCUCGUUCCUCCAUCUACUCCGCCCGUGGCUCCUUCUCCCCGCGUACCCACCAAAAUGUCUGCACGGCAACCGCAACCCUUAUUAGCCCCUGAAAAUAACAAGCAAUCAAUUUUACAACAUACGGGACAUCUUCCAGAUGAAUUCCAUGAUAUUCCAUUCAACGAAAUUUUUUCUUCACCUACGUCGCCUACGCGCAACCUUCCUAAUCCUCCAAUUCGAGCCGAAUCUUCUCCGCCUAAGCCCAUAGAUCCUCCCCGUGCGUCAGUUCUAGCAGGGCCUUCAAGACAGCCUAUGGAAACGCAUUCCCCAGUCAAAGAAGCCGUCCCAGCGGUACCCCAACAUAGGGUAAUCCCACUCGAAAUAACGCACCGAUGGUCAAAGGAAGUCAACCAAAAGUUAAGACAGGUGUUCAAGCUGCCCAAUUUCAGAAAACAUCAGAAAGAGGCCAUCGACGAGACAAUGGCUGGUAGAGAUGUCUUCGUGCUUAUGCCUACCGGAGGAGGAAAGAGUUUGACUUAUCAACUCCCUGCAAUCUGCUCAUCGGGUAAAACUCGCGGUGUCACUUUUGUGGUUUCCCCCCUUAUUUCACUCAUCAAUGACCAAACAAGGCACUUGAUCUCUCGAGGUAUUCCCGCCAUAGCAUACACCGGCGAUCUUACUCAAAGAGACAAGAAUUUGGCGCAUGAAGAAUUGUCAAAAAGGGAACCUAUCACAAAAGUGGUCUAUGUGACUCCGGAAAUGAUGUCGAUGGGUGGUCAUAUCAAAUCGAUAUUGCGCGGUUUGCUGCAGAGGAAGCAGCUAGCAAGGUUUGUAAUUGAUGAGGCACAUUGCGUGAGUCAGUGGGGUCAUGAUUUUCGAGCCGAUUACCUGCGUCUUGGUGAGCUUCGUCGAGAUUAUCCAGGCGUACCAAUCAUGGCUCUCACUGCUACUGCACAAAAUAAAGUACAAGAGGACAUCAUUCGCUCUCUGCGUAUUGAAGGAUGCGUUUGUUUGCGCCAGUCUUUCAAUCGCCCCAAUCUUCAUUAUGAGGUCCGUCCCAAAACCAGCUCAGUAAUACAAGAGAUUGUGGCCUUUGUUCAUACACAAGAAGCCCGGGCAAGUGGCAUCGUUUACUGCAACUCGAGGGACAACUGCGAAAAUUUGGCGAAGAAACUAAGAGAAGAUCAUGGCCUAAGAGCGUAUCAUUAUCACGCGGGAAUGACAAAGGAGAAUCGGAGAAAGAUGCAGGAAGGUUGGCAGGACCAUAAAUUUGAGAUCAUGGUGGCAACCAUUGCUUUCGGUAUGGGCAUUGACAAACCGGACGUGCGAUACGUUAUCCAUCACCAUCUGCCUAGAUCUCUCGAAGGGUAUUACCAAGAAACUGGUAGAGCUGGGCGUGACGGCAAUCCAUCGACUUGCAUCCUGUAUUACUCGUUCAAAGACGGCAAGAAGAUCCUCGGUCAGAUUGACCAAGAAAAAGAUCUCACGCGCGACCAAAAGGAGCGACAAAAGGCAAGCAUGCAAGAGGUUCUUCGUUACUGUAACAACAAGGUCGAUUGUCGUCGUUCCCAGGUACUCGCAUUUUUCAACGAAACUUUCGAUGCUGCCAACUGCAAUCAAGGAUGUGAUGUCUGCCUUGGCCGGGAUCGGAAUGUCUUCAGGACAGAGGAUGUGACAGACGAUGCGGUAACGGUCAUCAAAAUGGUCCAGGCGUUUAGCAACACCAAAAUUACAAUCCUAAACGCUGCCGAAUGCUUUAGAGGCUUCAAAGGAAAUUCAGGCAAACAGUUAAAUCAAAAUCCGUACUUCGGCGCCGGACAAUCUUGGGACAGGAACGAGGGAGAGAGGCUGAUCCAGACACUUGUCAUCGAAGGGGCUCUGGAAGAAUACUGUGUGGAGUCGAAGGCGGGAUGGACCAAUGCAUACUUAAGAGUGGGCAAAGAGGGCUACAAAUACUUAAAUGGUACUGCUAGACUCAAGAUGGAUUUCCGUGAGGCGUCUCCUCGCAAAUUGACAACGAAACCCAAGCAGUCCGCCAAGCGCCGAUCGGCGAAAUCCAAGGGCCCAGCUACGCUUGAGAAAACAACCAAUUCUAAUCCCAUUGCACGUAAGCGUUCGCUGCAGCAAAUCAUGGCGGAGGAGGCAGAGUUCGAUAAUUCACAUUGGGGUGACACUGAUGAUGAGUACAAUCCCGAAAACGAUGGUGACCCUAUCAUAGCCAGUGGAGAUGAGACAGAAAUGGACGAUGACGUACCGUUGAAGAGAAGAAAGUCAACGGAGGCUAGCAAAGAAAAGACACCAAGAAGUACUAGGUCAAAAGCGAAGGAAGCCACUCAUGAUAAUGAUGGCGAAAGUUCGGUGGAGCAGUGUUUCAAGGCUUUAGAGAAAAUGCGCAAUCAGUCGGUCGCCAAAAAUAAGACUUAUCCAGUCCUGACCGAUGAGUUGCUUCAGAUGGUAGCGGCGCUGAUGCCUGCUAACGAGAAAAGACUUCGGGAGAUCGAGGGAAUGACUCCUCAACUCAUUGAGGCAUACUCUACCAAGAUCUUGGGCAUCUGCAUAAAGUUUCGACCUGCCAAUCAGAACCCAUUGAACACUGCCGCCCAUAAAGAUGCUCUUCGCCCAUCUGCGAUGCCUGCCCCCGUCACGUUACCUCGAACCAACUCUACAACCAUGCAGCGGAUCAAACAAUAUGCGUACGAACCUUCUUCGGCGUCCAAAACCCCCCUCACGUCCUCAGCGGUUCGGAGACCUUCAAGUACAAGUUCCCUUAAACGGCAAACCCUGCUUUUCUCUACGUCAUCAAAUACUGUUGGUAACGGCGACAGCGCGACUCCUACAGCUGCCAAAAGACAUAAUAAUGUUGAUAGUGUCCGCCCGAUGUUGACAGCGAGGGGUGGUAAUGUUGUUAGCAGGAAAGACAAGUUUUGAAGUGGUUUUGCCGUGCGCGGCUAUACUUGCCUUGUAUCAAACUGUAUUGCUGAAUAAUUUAUAUAAUGGAUGAUAACCGCCAUAUUAAUACCACCGAAAUGAGCUGCCCACUUAUUUGUACAUCGUUAUCGGCUUUCCUACCUGAUAUGACGAGAUGGAGGG